AUGACAUCAGAACAAAUGAAAAAUCCUUAUGCAUUCGAGAUCGCUUUAAAAAAACAAAAGAAGAAAAAGCCUUAUCAGGCCAAAUCCUCCCCCAUCCGCCCCUAUCAACUAGAAAUCACACGAGGGAAAAAGGCGGAAGAACAGGCUUGUCGGUUUUUAAAAGAACAGGGACUCCUCUUUUUAGCUCGCAACAUGGCGUGUCCAUUCGGUGAAAUCGACCUCCUCAUGAAAGAGGGUGAGACCCUCGUAGUCAUUGAAGUGCGACAACGUUCGUAUCUCCGUUAUGGACAAGCGAUUGAAACCAUCGAUAACAAGAAACAAAACAAACUGAUACGUUCUCUUGAGUACCUACUUCAACACAUCGCCAUUCAUUUUUUUAACGGACACAUCCCCAACUAUCGAUUUGAUUUGGUCACACUGGAUCAAGAACAGCUUCAGUGGACAAAAAACGUGAUAUUUAUCAAGAAGAAAAGAUGA